AUGGUUCUGUCAAAGCAUCUCAAUGCCGAAUCGCUCCUCAAGCAGGCGCAGGACCAUCCGAACAAGACCCAUGUCCACAGCUCGAACGGACAUCAGUUAAUACACCCAUAUGGUGCUCGCUACGGCACGGAGCCGAUUCCCAAGUACAAGCUCCCCCGUAAGGGCACGGACGCUGAGUCUACGUACCAGCUCAUCCAUGAUGAGCUCACUCUCGAUGGCACCCCGCCCUCAACCUCGCGUCAGGUCAUCCACACGCGCUGCGUGUCCAUCCUCGCCGACCUGUGGCACGCGCCCAGCGCCCACAGCGCCAUCGGGACUGCCACCACGGGCUCGUCGGAGGCCAUCCAGCUCGGUGGUCUCGCCAUGAAGCGCCUGUGGCAGGAGAGGCGCAAGGCUGCGGGCAAGUCUAUCCACGAGCCCGGCCCGAACAUCGUCAUGGGCGCAAAUGCGCAGGUCGCCCUCGAGAAGUUCGCCCGCUACUUCGAUGUCGAGGCGCGCCUCGUGCCUAUCUCUGAAGAGAGCCACUACUGUCUUGACCCCAAGAAGGCCAUGCAAUACGUGGACGAGAACACCAUCGGCGUGUACGUUAUCCUCGGCAGCACUUACACUGGCCAUUACGAGCCGUACGAGAAACAAACAGGUGUCCAUGUACCCAUUCACGUCGACGGCGCCUCCGGUGGCUUCAUCGCCCCAUUCGCGACCCCGAAUCUCAAAUACGACUUCCGUAACCCACGCGUCGUCUCCAUCAACACCUCUGGGCACAAGUUCGGCCUCUCAUACGUAGGUGUCGGCUGGGUCGUCUGGCGCUCACAGGAGUACCUGCCCAAGGACCUCAUCUUCGAGCUGCACUACCUUGGCUCGGUCGAGUAUUCGUUCUCGCUCAACUUCUCGCGCCCCGCGCACCCGAUCAUCGCGCAGUACUUCAACUUCCUGCACUUGGGCUACGAGGGCUACAAAGCCGUCGCACUCGACGAUCUGAAAAACGCGCGCUUGCUGAGCCGCGCGCUGGAAAACACAAAGCUGUUCACUGUGCUGAGUGACAUCCACAGGCCCCUGAAGAAGGGUGCUACUGGCUUUGACGAGGAGGACGUCUGCUACGUCCCCGGCUUGCCCGUUGUCUCUUUCCGGUUCUCGGACAAGUUCAAGAGUGACAACCCCGACGUGCAGCAGGUGUGGGUGCAGACGCUGCUCCGCGCGAAGGGCUGGAUCAUUCUCCGGGUGGUCGUGCGCGAGAGCGUCAGCGCUGUGAUGAUCGAUCGGUUGGUGGCUGACAUCGUGAAUGAGGUCACGGAGAACCUGGCGAAGACGGACUCGCCGAUGCAUGCGCUCAACAGCCUCAAGGAGCGCAAGACCCUCGAUCAGGGGUCGGGCAGCAAGUCGAGCGGCACGUACGCGAAGCAGUGCUGA